CACAGCUAGCUGCCUGUACUAAGAUCCAAAAUGCUGACCACUCGCUCUCCUCUUUCCAAGAAAAACGAAAACGGCGUCGUUUCGAAAAUGGACCGACUUUCGCUGACUGAUAAAGAGAACACCCCACCCAGCCUCAACACUACCCGGAUACUGGCUUCUAAAACGGCGCGGAAAAUCUUUGAGGACGCAGAGGUGAGAGACAUGGCUGAUCGUAAAGGAAGCGUGGAAGAGGAGCCGCUUUUGAGAGACAACCCCCGCCGCUUCGUCAUCUUCCCCAUCCAGUACCACGACAUCUGGCAGAUGUAUAAGAAAGCCGAGGCCUCCUUCUGGACGGCCGAGGAGGUUGACCUUUCCAAAGACCUGCAGCACUGGGAGUCCCUAAAGGAUGAAGAGCGAUACUUCAUCUCCCACGUACUGGCGUUCUUCGCUGCCAGUGAUGGCAUCGUUAAUGAGAACCUGGUGGAACGCUUCAGCCAGGAGGUUCAGGUGACGGAGGCGCGCUGUUUCUAUGGUUUCCAAAUUGCCAUGGAGAACAUACACUCAGAGAUGUACAGCCUGCUCAUCGACACGUACAUCAAGGAUCCCAAAGAGAGGGAAUACCUUUUCAAUGCCAUCGAGACGUUGCCCUGUGUGAAGAAGAAGGCUGACUGGGCCCUAAACUGGAUCGGGAACAUGAACGCUCAGUACGGUGAGCGCGUGGUGGCCUUCGCUGCCGUUGAAGGAAUCUUCUUCUCCGGAUCGUUUGCCGCCAUUUUCUGGCUGAAGAAGAGGGGUCUGAUGCCUGGGCUCACCUUCUCCAACGAGCUGAUCAGCAGAGACGAGGGUCUUCAUUGUGACUUCGCCUGCCUCAUGUUCAAGCACUUGGUGAACAAGCCCUCUGAGGCCACUGUGAAAAAGAUCAUAAUGAAUGCUGUUGAGAUUGAGCAGGAAUUCCUCACACAGGCUCUGCCGGUGAAACUCAUAGGGAUGAACUGUGACCUGAUGAAGCAGUACAUCGAGUUUGUGGCUGACAGGCUAAUGCUGGAGCUGGGUUUCAGCAAGAUCUACAGGGUGGAGAACCCCUUUGACUUCAUGGAGAACAUCUCCCUGGAGGGCAAGACCAACUUCUUUGAGAAGCGUGUUGGGGAGUACCAGCGGAUGGGUGUGAUGUCAGGCACUGUGGACAACACCUUCCGGCUGGAUGCUGACUUCUGAUGGCCACAUUCCCCCUCCUCCUCUCCUGCUCAAUCAAAUCGCAUUAACACUUGAAGAGGAUGGUGCUGGAGGCCUCAUCCUGACCCUCCUCCACAUCCAACUGUUUCCAUGACACCCAACGCUGCUGUCUCCUGUAGCAGCAGGAGUGGGUCAGUGAAGCAAACUGCA